CGCGUUCACAACAAAUGGGAACGAGGUACUCGUGAAGCUCCGACUUCGGUGCGUUCAAAACAACUGGGAGCUCGGGAAAAACAUCUGGGAGCUCGGGAAAAACAACUCAGUCUGGGAAAAAUAAUUUUGUACUGUCAUCCAACUCAGAAUUCCAACCUGGGCCUCUUUCUUUUUAUUUGAAUUCCUAUUUUACGAGUUCCCAGUUGUUUUGAACGCGGCAACUGUGCCUUGGCAUUACACUGCCAUGACGUUCAAAACAACCCACUUUUGUCUUUAUCAGUUCGUAAUGUCCGAGAACUUGGUCGUGACAUAAAAUCCUCUUUCGCAAACUAGCUACAAUGCUGCAGCCGGAAUUGAUACAGCUUUUGACAGCGAGUGAUUUGGUUGAUUUACGAAUCGACGCAAUUCCUAAAUUGCAGGCGGGCUUUAGACCGGGGAGUUUCUUCAGUUCGUCCAGAUCACAGGACGGGGAGGCGAAGUUAACGUUCAUUCCACAACAAAUACUGCUCAACAAGGACCACGAGUUGUUUGAGGAUGGGGACAUACAUAGACACCUGUACCUCCAGAACCUCUCUACCUGCCCAGUUUAUGACUCACCUACAGCCAGGCAGUGUGAGUUCAGGUGUUAUAUAUCUGGCUGUAGCCAGGUGUUCAGUACUGUGGAGGACUAUGAGCAUCACUAUAACACACUCCACAGACACGUGUGUUCUUCCUGCCAGAGGUCGCUGCCCUCCGCUCGCCUGCUCGACAUCCACAUCCAGGAGUGGCAUGACUCGCUCUUCAGCAUUCUGGCUGAAAGGCAGGACAUGUACCAGUGUCUAGCGGAGGGGUGUGGUUCGAAGUUCAGAACCAGAGAACAGAGGAAAGACCAUAUGAUCAAGAUCCAUAAGUACCCUUCUGACUUCAUGUUCGACAAGGUGAAGAGGAUCAAGAAUAUCAAAAUAGCGAAGAAUAAUAUGCUGCAGAAAGGCACAAGUAUGGAGGUGUCCAUGAGUGUGAGUGAACCUGAGGGUGUGUGUGAGGUGUUGUCUGACCAACCAGAGGAAGAGGAAUAUAUGGAGAUAAAUCACUCUCUCGAACCAGGUAUCCUGGACCCUGCCAGUAACCCAAUUAACACAGUAGAGCUGUCCACAGAUCAUGAUACUGCCCCAAUCCUCUCUGUCACCAUCCAGCCCACCACAAACCAACAGAGACCACAGCACAACAGAGAGAGACAUUCCUACAGGGUUCCUAGGACGGUGUGUUUCGGCCAGGGUUCUGUCCAAGGGUUCAGAGGUCAUGGCAGGAGGAUUUAGAGAAUCUUUAAAGGUGAUGAGUCUCAGACAGGAUGCGACCCUUGCAUCGGUCUGGUCUGUGUGUUUUAAAAAUAAUACAAUAAAUCAUGUUUGUUUAA